AUGCACAGAACAUACUCACUCAGAUCCCAAAGAGCUCCUACCGCUGCUCAAUUGCAAUCCCCACCACCUCCAACUUCUUCCACCAAGUCCAAGUUUUUCGGUAAGGGAUCCAUUUCACACUCAUUCAGAAAGAAUGUUGCUGGUGCCACUGGACCUGAAUUAUCCAGAAAAUUGGCUCAAUUAAUCAAGAUGGAAAAGAACUUGAUGAGAUCCAUUGAAAUCACCGCCAGAGAAAGAAAGGAUGUUGCCAAGCAAUUAUCCGUCUGGGGUGAAGCCAACGACGACGAUAUCUCAGAUAUCACCGAUAAGUUGGGUGUCUUGAUUUACGAAAUUGGUGAAUUGGAAGACCAAUUUAUCGACAGAUACGAUCAAUACAGAAUCACUAUCAAGUCUAUCAGAGAUAUUGAACUGUCUGUUCAACCAUCCAGAGAAAGAAAGCAAAAGAUUACCGACCAAAUUGCUUACUUGAAGUACAAGGACCCUCAAUCCCCAAAAAUCAACGUUUUAGAACAAGAAUUGGUUAGAGCUGAAGCUGAAUCUUUGGUUGCUGAAGCACAAUUAUCCAACAUCACUAGAGAAAAAUUGAAGACCGCCUUCAACUACCAAUUCGACUCUACUAGAGAACACGCUGAAAAGAUUGCCUUGAUCGCUGGUUACGGAAAGGCUCUCUUGGAAUUAUUGGACGAAUCUCCAGUUACUCCAGGUGAAACCAGACCUGCCUACGAUGGAUACGAAGCCUCCAAGCAAAUCAUUAUCGAUGCCGAAAAUGCCUUAGCUUCCUGGACUUUUGACUCCGCUGUGGUCAAGCCAACCUUAUCUUUAGCUGCUCACGAAGAUGAAUACGAUGAAGAUGACUUGGCUGAAGAAACCGACAACUUACAUGUUACUGAACAAGAAUGGGAAGAAGAACAAAAGGCCACCGCCUAG